ACAUCCGACGGUCAUUCCCCACAUAUUUGUGAAAAAGUGCGUUUUAUGUACUAACUCUGAGACUUCCACGCGUGUUUUUGAGAUUAUAUUAUUCCUACUCAAGUAGAGACCGCUGAUGGAAAAGCUCUAGCUAAGUUAAUGAGGUAAUCUGUUUCAUUAUAGAAGAAAAAGUUGACAACUGACUCUCCUUGGAAUUGUGAUUGCCCCGUGACAUCGAACAACACAAAUCCCAAGACACUCGAUUCAUCAGUUAAUUACAACUUUGAAAAUUAGAUGCAAUACACUGACCCACCAUACACAAGGAAGCCUUGGGUCACUUUGAUUUAGCUUGGACAUCUAAGGAAUCUUGGGCAUCUAAAGAAUCUUGGGCAUCUUAGAGGGUGGGCAUUUCUUGAGCAUCACGUGUAAUGAGAGCCUUCCCCAUGCCUCUCCAUUGAAAACGAUCUCUCACAACUCAAAACAUAUAUUAUUCCAUUAUGAAGCUGAGGAGUGAGUACGGUUUUCUAUGCAUCCUAAUGAAUGCUCUUUCCCAAGCUUCUUGUAAUCCUCGUGCACGAAAAAGAGCACCUCCUGAUAAAUAUAGCCUGACGGACAACGAGACCAUUUUCAGCCAAAAUUUCAAAAAUUGGAAUGCUUCGUUGAAAAACGCAAAAAUCAUUCCAGAUGUGCUAUUAAGUGAAGUUCCGCAACCGUUGACGGUUGUAUACAUGCAGAAUAACGUAAAGUUUGGAAAUUUACUGAAAUAUAACCGCAUAGAUGAAGAACCUGUGGAUCUUGACUGGCUGUACAAAGAGGGUGAAUUUUAUACCGUUGUUAUGUCCGAUCCAGAUUUUCCUGAUCCAAAAAAACCGCUGCAGAGAGAAUAUUUGCACUGGAUGAUAAUAAACGUCAAAGCCGCAUUUAUCACCGAUGGGAAGAACGUAGCUCAGUAUAUACCACCAUCAAGGAGACGUUUUUCAACUUCCAAUUCAACGUGCAAAGGUUUGCAUCGACUUGUAUUCGUUGUUUAUCAGCAAUCUAAAGGAAAGUUAAAAGUUUCACCUGAUCUUUACACGCCUCCAGAUCAUCAAGAACACGUUGAUGCAAGACCACACAACCGUGAAAAAUUUUCAUCAAUGGAUUUUGCUAAGGAGCAUAAUCUUGUUCCCAUCGCUGCAAACUAUUUUAUGAUGAAUAUGGAUAUUGUGGAAAAAAAAGAUAAGAAGCCCCUUCAUGUUGAAUAAUGAAAACACAAACUGAAAAAGAAGGACGGAAAAACAAGAGAAAGUAUUCAUUUUUAAUAAGAAACAAUUUAAUUUAUUUGAUUAUACUGUUUCAUUUUGACAAAAUGACCGAUAAAAUUAAAAGUAGAAAUAUUUGCUACCAGCGUGCGGA